AUGAAAAAAAAGGAGAGUCCGUACCUUGGAAUAGAUAAUCCUGUAUAUAGUUAGAAUAUUUCCUCUCCUCGAUUUGAGGAACUUCUACCUAUUUACUAAAAUGAUAAUGGGACAGAACAGCGUAUAGAUGAAGCAUUAAAAGAUAAGAGAAAUAUUUUUGAAAGAAAUAAUUUUCGAGCAUUAAAUGAUGGUCAUAAAGAAGAAAGUUCUGAAGAUGAUAAUUAUUUGAGUAGUGUAAGGUAAAUUAUUGUUUUGGAUUUUAUAAGUGAUAAUAGAUAUGAUUAAGAAUCAGUAAGAUCAAGAACGAAUUCUUUAAUAAGAUAAUAGAGAAGUCCUAGUAUAUAGAAAAACUAAUAGAUAAGUUAAAGUCCUUUUAAAAAAGGAAAUACUGCAUUAAUAAUUGAUUCAACAUUCAAUUUAUAAGUUUAAGGAGUAAAAUCAUACUCAAAAAUUGAUAAGUACUAAAGUUUUGUGUAACAAUUUGAAUUAGAGGAAGAUAAAAUAAGAAAGAAUAAAGAAUUACAAUAAUAAAAAAGUAAUUAAACAAAUGAGCUUUCAUCUAAAAGGUUAAGUGGAAUAAGAGAAGGAAAAAUUGGGUAUAAUUAUCAUUGAUUAUUAGCUUAAAUGAUAUUUGGGCAUCAAAGGGAUUUAUAAUAAUUCGAUUAGUAUCUAGAUUUAUCUAAUAGUUGAAAACUAAAACUGAAACUAUUAAGUUUAGACUCUUAACUUAGAAGAUAUUUUCAGUGAUAGGGGAUUUAUCAAGUAAUUUUGAAUAUAUCUUAAUUUCUCAUUAAAUUAAAUUAAAACCAAGUUUGGUACAAAUUUUAAAAUUAAUAAGUUCUUAAUUUUGAAAUAUAAUUUUCAGAAAAGAGCAACGAAAUUACUUCAUUAUUUAGAAAAUUGUUAAGAUUAUUUAAGCAAAUACAUUAUAGUAAUUAGACCUGAUAGUAAGUUUAAAAUAAUAUGGGAUAUUCUAUUAUUACUUUUUAUAGUAAUGAAUAUAUUUUAUAUUCCUAUUAAUAUAAGUUUUAAUAUAUCAACAUCAGGAGUCUUUGAAUAUUUGUUUGAUUUAUUACCAUCAUGGAUUUUUGUUGCUGAGAUAAUUAUUAAUUUUAACACAGCUUAUUAUGAUAAAGGAUUGAUGCAUGAAGAUAGAAAAUCUAUAGUAAAGCAUUAUUUAAAAGAUAAUUUUUUUUGGGAUUUAGUAGUAGUAAUACCAUUUUUGAUGUCUAAUAUGAAUAUACCAUUUGUUAGAUAUACUUUAUUACUUAGAUUGACACGGUUAUCUCCAUUGAUGGAAAGCAUAGAAGAAAUGUUGAAUUUGUAAGUAAGAUAUUAUGAAUAUAACAAAAGGAAAAUAUUUAAAUAGUUGUUGAUCUUUUUAAACUUAUCUUUUUCCUUCUUUUGACAGGUCAUUUUUGUGGAUGUGCAUGGCAUUUUGUUGCAUUAACAGAAUAUGAAUCAUUUGGUAUUACUGAUAAUUGGUUAACACAUUAUGAUAAAUAAGCAUUUGAUUAUAAUUGGUUUGAUAGAUAUAUAAUUUCUCUUUAUUGGAGCGUAAUAACAACUGUUACUGUUGGUUAUGGAGAUAUUGUACCUGUUACUACUUUUGAAAGAAUAUUUGUUAUUAUUGUUACAUUAUUACUUUGUGGAGUAUUUGGUUAUUGUAUUUCAAAUAUUGGUAAUAUUUUUAAAUAAAUGUCUGAUAAAAGAACUACUUAUAAAUUUAAACUAAGAUAAAUACAUUAACAUAUUAGAAAAAGAGGUCUAAAUCUUAAUCUUUCAUUAAAAGUAACAAUUUUAUUAAUUUUAUAGGUUAAGAAGUAUUUUGAAUACUUUUUUAAACUAGAAUAAGAAGAAGAUAGUCACGCAGAGAUAUUUAUAAACUAAUUAACUAAACAUUUAAAAGAAGAAGUUUUGACUGAUUUAUAUUGUAAUACACUUAAAAAAUCAAGAUUUCUUAGAGAUAAUUUUAAAGAAUUAACAAUUAAUAAUUUAUGUUAAUUUGUUAAAGAAAAGAAAGUAUUACCAGAAGAAGUUUUAUAUUCUCGAUUUGAAUAGCCUACGAAAGUAUGGUUUGUUCUUUCUGGAGCUUUAGAAUUUGUAGCAGAUCAUUAAAGUAUAUUCAAUUAAUAAUUUUUAAGAUGAAAAUGAUUUUUAUGAAGCCACAGAAACCUUUCUCAAAAAAGUCAGUUCUGGGUAAUAUAUAUAAUUUAAAAUUAGAGCAGUAUUAGGAGAAAGAGAAUUUAUUACACAAUAACCUUAUGAUUAUAAAGUAAGAGCUUUAAAAUUUACUUAAAUGGCUUAUAUUAAGUAAUUUAAUUAUUAUAAAAUAGUUAUGAUGAUUUUAUUAAUGUUAUUAGUGAAAAUGAAUCAGAAUAUGAAAUAUUUUGCAUGAAAAGAGAUAGAUUAUUAUUUAAUCCCUAAUAUAAAGGUUCUGGAAAUGUUUGUGAAAUUUGUGAAUGGACUCAUAAUUUUAUACAGUAAAUAAAUUUAUUCAAUUUUUAUUAGAUGUCCUUUUGUAUUCUUAUAACCAAACUUAAAUAAAAUAUCUAGUAGUUUCACUGCAGUCAGAUUAAAUAAUAGAAUUAAAUUUCCUUAUCGAAAUACUCAUAAAUCUAGAUCUAGAGAGAACUUAAACAGUGUAUAGGAAGGUGUUUUAAAAAUAAUAGUUGGAAAUUUAACAGAAUAGUAAAUCAAUUUAAUAUAAUAGAGAAUUUACAGAUGAUUAUUUGCUAUCUUUAGGAUUUUAGUUGACUUAAAAUUUAGAAAUAGAUUCUAAAAGUGAAGAUGAUUAAUCUAAAAAUUUAAAUGAUUCACAAUCUCCUACUACUAGUGAAAUGUAAAAGGCAUUUUAAAAAAAAAGUAAUAAAACUAUAGUUGGAGGUAUAACUACUGAUUUUAAAGAAAGUCAUGAUUUAAAAAAAAGUAUUAUUAAUUUUCAAAGAAUUUAAUUUGGAAAAGAAAAAUCUAAAGCAUUCUAAGUAUUUAAGAAGGAUAUUUAAGAAAAAACACUUGAAGUUUUAGAAUAAUCAUAAUUACUUUCAAUUCCAAAUAAUUAAAUUACCAGUACAAAUACUAAAUAACCAUAAAAAUAAUUAUAAAAUACUCCUAGAAGAAGAUCAUCUAAUGUAGAAGAAUUUGGAAGUCUUUUAUAGUCAUAAAAAUUAGGAAAUCUAAAUAAUUAAUAAGAUUAAGAUUAAAAUAAAGGUUUUAUAAAGUAACUUAGUAAAAAUAGUGAGGCUAGUGAUAUGUAAGAAUCAUUAAUUAGAAAAUAAAUUGAAACUUAAGAAAAAAGAAUUUAAGUUGGAGGAGAAUAAAGAAGAAAGAAAAGAAAAACAACAAUAUAAAUAGGAUAAAAAUCUUAACAAAGAACUUAUAAUAACUAAUAAACAAAUUUAAGCCCAGUUUUAUAAUAAUAGAUAUAAAAAUAAUAGCUAAUUGCAAAUAUUGAUCAGUAAAUAAAAAGAUUUAGUAUUGGAGAUCAAAAAAAAUAAGGAUAACCAAAUCAUAUUACAAGUAAUGGCUAAAUUGAAAUUUCUGGUGAUGUUGCAGAAAACAUUUAAGGUGAUUCAUUAUAAAGAAAGAUUUAGGAUAUUGUUCAUACAAAUGAAAAUUUAUAAAUAGAUAAUUGCAAGUCAUCUCUAACUUAUUUUCCUGACUUUAACAUAGAAGCAAUUCUUAAAAAAAUUGAUCAUUAUUAUUCAUAUAUAAAAGGGGUUGACAAAAAAAUGUAUAAGAGAAGUAAAUCCAAUCGAAACUUAUUUGAAAGAAUUAAACCUUCAAAAAAUGCAACCAUAAAAAGUUACCAAAAUAAUUCUAGAUCCUAAUAAGAUGUAUGA